CCUACAGGAUAAUGGAAUUGGGGUAGUAGAGCACACAUUGGGGACAGACAUAACGAAGCAUCCCAAAUCAAUGGAUGGGGGAAAGAAAUGUUUGCUGUGAACGUAGGAAGGCCUCUGCCAUUUCUUCCUGAAAAGGGUUUGAUGAGCUUGAUUGUACAUGUACAUGGACAUGUACAUGAUGAGACACCAGUCAGUUCCUCAUACUGAAGAACUUCAUCGAACUAUUCUGCACUCAAUACAUGUUUUCCAAGAGCCAUUGAAGUUUAUACUGCCUAUAUUCUCACGAUAUAAUGUGUCAUUGGGAUUCUGCCAGGUAUCGGAGGUUCUAUAUAUGCCUCAUAUUAGGAUUUCAGGUUCCCUCGGAUGCAUCGGACGCCUAUCCAGGAUACGGCAGAAGGUGGUUAUCAUUGUGAUGGAAACUUCAAUGGGUAACAUUGUUCCAGGAGAUAUGAAGGGAUUAAGAUAUGACUUCUGCUAUGAGUUCAUCAACCUUUGAGGUUACUCUGCUUUAAUAAGCUAAUAUAAAUGGUAAUGCAUAAUGUGAUAAUUCUCAUGCACAUUCUCUGUGAGCUAUAAACUAGAAUGGUAUUUAUUAGUUAAGUGAAUAUUGAAAGAAUACAUUUAUGUGAUGGAUAUAUACAUCAGUUAGUUUCCUGUUAACAUGACAGUGACAAA